AUGAUAUCAUACAAAUUCUCAAAUUUGAUUGGAACAGUGUAUAAUAGCGGCAAUAUUUUGAUGACUGAGCAAAAGAAUCCUAAUGAUUAAUCGAUUACAGAAACUCUUUUACUAUCCCCAGUUGGCAAUAAGUUGACCGUCUUUGAUUUGACAAACAAUGUUUCAUAGACUUUGCCAUUCUAGAAUAGAUCAAAUAUAGAUAGAGUAGCUCUUAGCCCUGACAGAAGAACACUGAUAACUAUAGAUGUUGAUGGGUUCGCCUUAUUUAUCAAUUUCAGCAAAAGAGUUGUCAUUGCUCAUUUUAAUUUUAAGGCUCCUGUGACUGCAUUUGCCUUCUCACCUGACUCUAAAUUCUUCGUUGUUGCAACUUAAGGGAGAAAAGUAAAGGUAUUUGAAGUCCCAAGUGUGGAUCAUAAAGUUUACAGUCCCUUAGUGCUUUACAAGAAGUAUGGCAAUCUUCACAGUGAAGAGAUUACAGGCGUGACUUGGACUACUGAUAGCAGAUUUUUCCUUACAUGGAGUAAUGACCUGACUUUAAAGUUGAUGAGUCUCCAUAAAUUACCAGGCUAUCUUCCCUUCACCUUCGGAGGAAACAAGAAGAAGAUUAUCAAAGCUUUUUUCAAUGAGGACAAUACGAGAAUAUUUACUAUUUCUUAGAAUGGAACUCUUCUACUAUGGAAGUGGUAGGAUGAAAAGAGUGAAGGUGUUCAGAGAAUGCUAGAAUUUCAAGAGUUCAAAAUGUAGAAGAGAUUAAAGACAGGGCAAAAGGAAAAUGAGUAUGUGCCAGUUGAGGAAGACCUUAGUCUAUAUUCUGAGUUUGAGAAAAAAGUUACAAAGGGAAGAUUUUUAUUAGAAAAGAAAACAAAGUUUUAACUAUAGAAUGGUGCAAAAAUAAGUUCAUGUGAUUACAACUCAAAUACAGCCACAACAGGGAAUAAAAUUUUAGUCGUUGGAUAAACCAAUGGUGUUUUUGCUUUAUUCAACAUGGAUACUCUAGAGAGUGUUCACUCGUUCCAGAUCAGCGAGAAUAAGAUCCACAGUUUGUCAAUUAAUGCUUCAGGAGAAUGGAUCGCAUUAGCCAGUAAGGAUAUGGGACAGCUAUUUGUUUGGGAAUGGAAGUCUGAGACAUAUGUAAUGAAGCAGCAAGGCCAUUUCUUUGAUUUGAAUACACUAGCUUAUUCACCUGAUGGUGCUUUGAUUGCUACAGGAGGAGAUGAUGGCAAAAUUAAGUUAUGGACCUAAAAGAAUUGUCUUUGCUUUGUUACUUUCUCAGACCAUACAGCACAAGUUACUGAUCUCAAAUUCAUCCCGAAGAAAGGAAAUGCCGUCUUAAGUUCCUCAUUAGAUGGUAGCGUGAGAGCUUAUGAUUUAGUUAAAUACAGAUGCUUCAGAGUUAUGCAAGCAAAUAAGCCAACAUAAUUCAACUGUCUAGCAAUAGAUAGUACUGGUGAUUUAGUAUGCGCAGGUUCUAUGGAUCCAUUUAACGUAUAUAUUUGGAGUUUGAGAACUGGAUAGUUAAUAGAUGAAUUAAGUGGCCAUACAGCACCUAUAUCCUGCGUUUAAUUCGCUAGCUCAGGAGAAUUAUUAGCAAGUGGAAGUUGGGAUCACACAAUAAGAGUUUGGGACAUCUUUGAGAAGAAAGGAAUUAUUGAUACUUUAAAUCACUCAAGUGAAGUCCUGAGCUUAGACUUCCAUCCAAAUAACAAAGAUCUAGUUUCAACAACGCUUAGUGGAUAAACAUAUGUUUGGCAAGCAGAUUAGGGAAACUUGAUUGGUACAAUUAACUGUAAAGAUGACCUAGCAGGUGGAAGAAUGAGAGAUGAUAGAGUUACUGCAAAGAAUUCAACAAAAAAUAAGCAUUUCAACUCAAUUUCCAUGAGUCCAAACGGAGAUUUCUUCAUUGGAGGAGGAAAUUCAAAGCACAUUUGCCUAUAUGAUAUGAGAUUUAAGCUGAUGAUCAAAAGAUUCGCAAUCACUUAAAACAGAUCAUUGGAUGGAGUAUUGUAAAUCUUGAAUUCCAAGCAUGUCAGCGGAGAAGCUGGCGUGGCAGAUCAUGAACUUGACAUCGACUCUGAUCUUGAAGAAGAUGCUUGGUAAGUUAGAAACCAAGCUGACUCUAAUAUGCCAGGAGCUAAGAAACCAAAUAAUGCUUAAGCUAUCAAGAGAAAUACCAAGAUGGCUAUCAGAGUUAAGAAGGUGUUGUUUUCUCCGGAUGGAACAUCAUUCGCUUGUGCUACUACAGAAGGUCUAGUUGUUUACUCUCUCAGGAACGAUAAUAGCCUUUUCAACCCAGUGGAUAUUGAUGAGAACAUAACUCUUGAUAAUAUCAUCUAGUCAAUGGCUUUGAAGAUAAAUGAACAUGAAAUUAUUGAUAAAGUCUAUAAAUGCAUUCCCAUUGAAAAUGUGGCAUUAAUUGCUGCUCAUUUCCCAUCCAAUUAUCUUUACAAGUAUGCUCUCAAGUUAUAUUAACCUAUUAGAUUCCUUGAAUAUUUAUGCUUUGAAAUUGAAAAAGGCAAGGAUGUGGAGUGGAACAUGAUAUGGCUAAAAAAUAUCCUUAGAUACUAAGAAGCAGCGCUAAAGAAAUAUAAAGAACUAGGCUAAGGUGGUAAAGGCAGAUCAAUAAUGCUCAAAAUUUACUCAAGCCUCUCAUUCUAUGAUCAAUCCCUAAGGAAAAUGUAAAUAUUCACUGAGAUAUAAAUUCCAUUUAGAGCAAAUGAAAAUACACAUAUGAUGAAAUACAUGCUGAGAACUGCAGAAUUUAGGAAGGAAGAAUCUACAGAUGAAAAUGAGUUAAUGGAGCAAGCAUCUUAAUGA